GUACAAUCGAGAAUGACCGUUAGCCGUAGGGGGCGCCCCCGACCUUCUCGCACUCUCUCUUUCAACCGUUUCUCAGCUCAGGUGCUCAAAAAAUCAUACGCCACUCUUCAAAUUCAUCACUAGCUGAAUAGAUACAACAAUUUUGCAUAAAGAUUUCAUCUUCAUCCAUGGCUACAUUGCAAUCCCACUUCUACUUCUCGCUCUCCAGCUCCCCAAAGCUCAUACACUUGAAGAACCCUCAUUCAUUUUCCUUCUCCAAGAAGAUUUUUUUGCCCAAAAAGCUGUUCUCGCCCAAGAGGUUUAAUGGGGUUUUGAGCUCGAGAUUCAUCACUUAUUCUUUAGCAAGCUCAAGCAGCAGAAGCAGUAGUCCUGAGGUUGAGAAGUCUGAGAUUGAGAUUGAGAAUGAGAGGCCUCCAUUUGAUAUUAAUCUGGCUGUCAUUCUUGCUGGUUUUGCAUUUGAAGCUUACAUCACACCUCCUGAAAAAACCGGCAAGCGUGAGAUGGAUGCUGCGAAGUGCCAGACAGCGUUCCUAUCUGAGUCAUUUGUACGCGAAAUUUAUGAUGGCCAAUUAUUUGUAAAGCUAAAGAAAGGUUUCAACUUCCCUGCCAUGGACCCUUGGGGAACAAGUGAUCCAUAUGUAAUUAUGCAAUUGGAUUGUCAGAUAGUCAAAAGCAACGUCAAAUGGGGGACGAAAGAACCCAAAUGGAAUGAGGAAUUUGCGUUGAAUAUCAAGCAGCCGCCCAUACAUGAUCUUCAGGUUGCGGCUUGGGACGCAAAUCUUGUGGCUCCACACAAACGCAUGGGGAAUGCCUGUGUUAAUUUGGAAAACCUCUGUGAUGGAAAUUCACAUGAAGUGCUUCUUGACUUGGAAGGGAUGGGAGGUGGUGGAAAGAUAGAACUGGAGGUAAAGUAUAUGAGUUUUGGAAAAAUAGACGAUGAAAAGAAACGGUGGAAGAUCCCCCUUGUGACUGAAUUUCUCGAGAAACAUGGUUUGGAUCCUGCACUCAAGAUGUUUACUGGGUCGGAAACAGUUCAAGCACGCGAGUUUGUACAGUUUGCUUUUGGACAGUUAAAGUCUCUUAACGACUCAUACCUUCAAAAGGACUGGCUUUCCAAUACCAAAGUUAAUAGUGACCCUGACCUUAAUGUCAAGGAAAAGCAGUUGGAGCUGGAGAAUAAUGUGGUGAACAAUGUGGAAAACUCAACGGAAGAAAUCCAAGUGGCAGAAAAUGUGGAAAACUCGACAGAAGAAAUCCUAGUUGAGGAUUCAUGGACUGACAAACAGUUUUGGAAAACAUUAGCAGAUUCUGUCAAUCAAAAUGUUGUUCAAAAACUUGGUCUUCCUGCCCCGGAGAACAUGAAGUGGGACGAAUUUGACUUGUUGAAGAAUUUUGGCUUGCUAUCACGUGAAAUUGCAGAGGCGAGUUAUGUUGAGUCGGGGCUUGCCACUCCGGAUAGUCAGGAAGCAGUUGACGUUGAUGCAAAGGAUGGAUCGGAGUCUGGUGGCACGCAGCAGAUGUCAUCACUAACCGACAUUAAGAAAAUGACACAGGAUAUAUUACGGAAAACUGACUCCAUAUUGGGUGCUUUGAUGGUUGUAAAUGCAGCAGUUUCCAAAUUAAGCAACGAAGCAGGCCUAACUGGAAAGAACGAGGAUACUUCAGUCGAAGCGGAAGAAGAAGUGUCUGGAGACGAAGAGAGAAAAAGAUUAAUAAUAAAUGAGAAGGAAGCUGAGGAGAUGAGGAAACUUUUCUUGACAGCAGAGAGUGCCAUGGAGGCCUGGGCAUUGCUAGCAAAUGCAUUGGGCCAUCCAACAUUUAUAAAAUCCGAGUUUGAAAAGAUUUGCUUCUUGGAUAAUGCAGAAUCAGACACUCAGGUGGCCAUUUGGCGCGAUCUCGAAAGGAGAAGACUUGUAAUAGCUUUCAGGGGAACAGAACAAACCAGGUGGAAGGAUCUAGUGACAGAUUUGAUGCUUGUACCUACAGGACUAAAUCCUGAAAGGAUAGGUGGUGAUUCUACAAAUGAAGUUCAGGUGCAUAGUGGUUUUCUGAGCGCAUAUGAUUCUGUUAGAACAAGGCUUAUCACACUCAUUAAACAAGCUACGGGUCACAGGGAUGAUUCCGUUGAGUCACUUCCCACAUGGCAUAUUUAUGUGGCGGGACAUAGUUUGGGCGGUGCUUUAGCUACUCUUCUGGCUCUUGAACUGGCAUCGAGUGAAUUAGCGCAACGUGGAGCUAUUUCCGUGACUAUGUAUAACUUUGGAUCUCCGAGGGUUGGAAACAGAAGAUUUGCUGAAAUUUACAAUCAGAAAGUGAAGGACAGUUGGAGAGUCGUCAAUCAUAGGGACAUAAUACCGACAGUGCCUCGUUUGAUGGGAUAUUGCCAUGUGGCUCAACCUGUUUAUCUGACUGCUGGUAAUCAAGGAGAUGAUGUGGGUGAUCUAGACGUUCUGGAGGUCGGAUAUGAAGCUGACAUUAUUGGAGAAGCGACGCCAGAUGUUCUUGUCAGCGAAUUCAUGAGAGGGGAGAAAGAGCUCAUUGAGAACAUACUAAACACGGAAAUAAAUAUUUUCCGCGGAAUUAGAGAUGGGAGUGCUGUGAUGCAGCAUAUGGAGGAUUUCUACUACAUAUCACUGCUAGAGAAAGUGAGAUCUAACUAUAAGACUAUUGGAGGAUCUCUACCGACAGCAGAUAAGAAGUUGUCUGCUUGAAAACUGAAGAUCUGCAUUUGGAAAUUCUUGAAUGAUAUGAUGCCAGUGUUCAUUGCUUAUUAUGGGAAAUUCUCAGGUGAUUUUCUGCUCAAUAUUUAUUUCUAUAUACAAAAACUAGAAUGAAACAUUUGUUGUUUGUUAGCAGAAACAGGAAUAUGUUUCACAAGUUUGUUUAGCAGUUUAUGCCCCUAUGUAUAGAUGCAUAUGAUGGGCAUCAUUUAGGUAUAAAUAUAUUCUUAUUAAUAAUACUCAAUACAUGUAUAUAUUACUGAUUUUUUUUU